AUGUUGGCAUAAGGCCUGUUUCAUAUCGAUGUUGCCAGGAUAUGGAGGGCAUAAUCAAGAGAAAUGUACUUCAUGGAAGCAACCCUUUUUGAUGAGAAAUAUGAUGAGAGGAUAGAGGAGAAUGAUGAUUAGAAACGGCAUCGAGUGGAUGGUAGAUGA